AUGUUUAGAUUGGGUACACUGGCUAAUAAGUUUUCAGUUAGAUGCAAUGUCCCUACUAAUUUUGGAGAUCGAAAACAGUCUCACACGUUAUAUCAACGAUUCAGGUCGGGUCAACGCUUAACAGAUCCGGUUCGACAUGAUCGGUGUAGGUCCAAGUUCCUCCGACCUGUCUCUGCUUCGCGAAGACGACCACCGAGUGACCUUCCCGUUGAAGAAGCUCUCGCGCCGCCACUAGACCGGCGGCUCCAGCUCCGGAAAGAGCAACAUGGUAUCUCUCCCUCUCUGAAAAAAAUGGGCAUCCCUUGCUCGAUAUCUUGUGAUCAGCGUGUAGAUAAAAUAUCUCAGUGGCUAGGCGAGAAAGUAGCUUAUAUACACGAUCUCAAGAAGAAUCUUGUGGCUCUGAAGGAAACCAUGGACGAGCUCAAGGCGAAGCGGGGUGAUUUGUUAAGAAGGAUCAACAGAGAGGAGGAUCGUGGUCGCCAAAGGCUUUCCGUGUUCCAGGUAUGGCUUACUAAAACUGAGACUGUAGAGAGAGAAGUCAACGGUCUUCUUAGUGCUAGAGAUGAUGAACUUCAAAAGCUGUGUCUUUGUAAGUUUUGUUCAAAGAGUUUAAUAUCGAGCUAUCGUUAUGGUAGAAGUGUUGUCUUGAAGUUAAGGGAGGUUGAGAAUCUCAACAAUAAAGAAUUUAAAGAGAUUUCUGAGCCAUCUUUAACAUCUGAGGUGGAGGAAAUGCCUCUUCAACCGAUAAUUGUUGGUCAAGAAAGAAUGCUGGAAAAGGCAUGGAAACAUCUCAAGGAAGACGGAGUUGGUAUGAUGGGUUUGUAUGGUAUGGGCGGAGUAGGAAAAACUACGCUUCUCACACAGAUCAACAAUAAGUUCAGUGAAGAAAGGUGUGGGUUUGAUUUUGUGAUUUGGGUUGUGGUGUCUCAAGAGUUACAUGAAGAGAAGAUUCAAGAUGAAAUCGCCCAGAAAGUUGGUCUUGGUGGAGAGGAGUGGAACCAAAAAGAUAAAAGUCAAAAGACCAAUGUUUUAUACAAAUUCUUGAAGAAGAAGAAAUUUGUGUUGUUUCUAGAUGACUUAUGGCAGAAGGUAGAUUUAACUGAUAUCGGAGUCCCGGAUCCAACACGAGGAAAAAACAGAUGCAAAGUGGCAUUCACCACUCGUUCCCAGGAAGUGUGUGCACACAUGGGGGUCCAAGACCCAAUGGAAGUCCAAUGCUUGGCGGACAAUGAAGCGUUUGAUUUGUUUCAAAAGAAGGUUGGAGAAAGAACACUCGGAAGCCAUCCGGAGAUUCCUGAUCUUGCAAGAAUAGUUGCUAGAAAAUGUGAUGGCCUACCAUUGGCGCUCAAUGUCAUAGGCGAGACCAUGUCGUGCAAGAGGACAGUGCAAGAAUGGCAGCAUGCGAUUGAUGUUUUGACUGAAUACGCUAUUGAGUUUUCUGGCAUGGAAGAUAAGAUCCUCCUGCUUUUGAAGUACAGCUACGAUAACCUAAAAGGGGAGCAGGUCAAAUCGUGUUUGCUAUAUUGCGCUUUAUUUCCUGAAGAUGAUGAAAUCGAUAAAGAAGAAUUGAUAGGCUACUGGAUAGGCGAAGGGAUUAUAGAUGCAAGUGAAGGUAUCGAGAGAGCUGAGAACAAGGGUUAUGAGAUAAUUGGUAGUCUUGUUCGUGCAUCAUUGCUGAUGGAGGUUGAAUGGAGUGUUGGGUUACGUAAAAUACCAAAGGUUAAGAAUUGGAACGUUGUGAGAAGAAUGUCUCUGAUGAAAAACAAGAUUCACCGUCUCGCUGGCAGUCCUGAAUGUCUCGGACUCAAAACUUUGCUCUUCCAAUACAACAAAUCUUUGGAAAAGAUCUCGAGUGAAUUCUUCAAGUCCAUGCCAAAGCUGCUUGUUUUGGAUCUAUCGCACAAUAGAGAGCUCUCAGAAGUGCCCGAAGGAAUAUCACAACUAGUUUCUUUGCAAUAUCUCGACUUGUCAUGGACUAAUAUACGUCAUUUGCCUAAGGGUCUACAAGAGUUGAAAAAACUAAUUCACCUGAAUUUGAUGUUCACAGAGCAGCUUCGGAGUAUCGCUGGGAUAUCAAGGCUCCAUAACUUGAAAGUCUUGAAAUUGUCUUCGUCUGGUUUCUCAUGGGAUCUCAGCACAGUGGAGGAGUUGGAAAGCUUGGAACAUUUACAAGUUUUAAUGGCUUCAUUCCACUGUCCUCCUCAAGUUCUGAAGCAAUUUUUGAGCUCUCAUAAGUUGACGAGUUGUACACGAUCUCUAGAGAUGGGAGGUAAGGAAUCAUCUGGAUUAUUAUCAAUUCCGGUAACUAUGGAAAAGCUUCGUCGAUUAAACAUUUACAAAGGCACAUUCUCUGAGAUAAAGAUGGUAAAUAUAUGCAUCAAAAGCAAGACGGUUUCUCCUCUGCACAAUCCGAGUAACGUAUGCUUCUCCAGCCUCUCCAAAGUGCUUAUAUGGGCUUGCAAACGGCUGAGGGAGUUGACUUGGCUAAUGUUCUCUCCGAAUCUUAGAUAUCUUGAUGUUAGAGAUGCAGAAGAACUAAAAGAUAUAAUAAAGAAAGAGAGAGUUUGUGAAGGUGAAGAAUCAGGAAUUGUUCCUUUUCCAAAGCUGGUUUCUCUUACGUUGGACAAUCUACCGAUGCUGAAGAAUAUCUAUUGCAGACCUCUACCCCUUCCAUGUCUCGAGGAAAUCAAUGUAACCAAAUGUCCAAAUCUGAAAAAGGUUCCACUUGAUUCCCAAAGUGGUGAAAAUGGACUCAUCAUAAAUUACAGAGAGAAAGAAUGGAUUGAAGGUGUGGAAUGGGAGGACGAAGCUACCAGAACCCGCUUCUUAUCUUCAUGCCAAGAGAUCUAAUUAAAUUUCUCGUCAGAUCUUAUUUAUUUUCAAAGUUUUUUUUCUUUCUUUUUCUUCUUUUUCUUGUUUUGCACUGCUUCCAUCUCUAAUGCCUCUGUCUCUUUUGAUGUAUGUUUGGUUUUUAAUUACGCAAAUAUCAAGUGGGCUUCCAUCAAGUGAUUAUUUUUGUGAACUCUCUCUCCCUCUGUUGCUUUCUGUGAAUUUGUUUCUUGAAAUUGUUAUUACUCUACAAUGGUUAUGUUUGGAAUGUUUUCAUAUACC